AUGCUGGACAUGUGUAACGGUCAGACUCAGGAGACCAGGCCCCAGCUCUCUCUGAAGAACCUGGGAGGAUAUAACAGAGGGUCCAAAGGGACCAGCGGCUCUAGUCAGUAUCGGAUCAAGAUCCAUGAAUCUCACCAGGGGAAGAAAAUCACAUUGAUCUUUCCAUCUGGGGCCUUUGAGAGGGCGGACGUCAGUGAUUGGGGGAUGAGCCUGUCAAUCAGAGCUCCCAGUGUGGACUACAGCAGUACCACGGGACUCUGUGGGACGUUCGACCGGAACGGUCACAACGACUUCCAUGGACCUGAUGGCACCACCUAUGGGAGCACUGAACAAGAACGCUUUGUGCAGGAAUGGAGGCUAGCCGCGGGGGAGAGCUWAUUUGACACCAUGCCCCCUGUAAUGGAGGUGGAGGAACUACGGCCUUUCUGCCGGUGUCAGGAGGGCUACAGCAUGUCUCUGCAUUUCGCCACGGGCCACACCGGCGAUGGCCACUAUAACUUUAACCCCUCGUCGCCCCAGCACCAGUGCCAGUCUCACGACAACGUGGAUGACACCUCUGUCUUCCCCUGGGUGGACACUACCUCUGAGUACAUUAGGAGCGCUGAGCCAGAACAAAGUGACCACCAGGGAGUGUCCAUCCUGAACGUCCCAGGUCUACCUAUGGAGAUACACAAACAGCUUAGUUCCCAGAUGGUGGACUAUGGUGGGUUUGGGGACCACGGGGAUAAGAGUGAGAGAGAGAUUGACAGGGAGCUCAGAAGCGACUUCCUGGUUGCCGUAGACGACAACAGGCCCAAGACAAAGAGGCAGGUUUAUCCUAUUUCUUCCCUGAGGACCACCACCUGUCUGCAGAGCGACCAGCGGCCCAGCCUGUGUGGCCCACACCAAGUGGGCUUUGCUCGGUCAAGGCCCCGGAGGUGUGCCAGCUAGCCCUGGGGAACUCCACGGUGGGGACAGUGUGUAGAGGGCUGCUGGGCCGGAGACUGGAUGAGGCAGUGGACCUGUGCAUGCUGGACCUGCAGCUCAAGGUCAGCCUGUGGAGUUGACAGACCUGGAGGACAGUGGUCUGUGUGACAUCAGAGCGUUCGACUGUCGCAGCGUCCGGGUCUUCGGCCUCGGCUUCAUCGACUCUCCCAGCCUGGGCUGCCACCUCACACGACUGGUGAACCUGAAUGACGAACGGGUUCCAGGAGAGAAGCAGAGGACCAGAGCUACCUUCCUGAGCUCCAAGGCUUUGUUCCGUCCCCUCACUGAACAGCAUGAUGACUAUCAACGCUGUAGACUUUAUGGUGGAUGACAAACCCUACACUCGCUGGGAAG